GUCUUAAAUCAACUGCUAACAAAUCAUAAUUGAUAAAAUCUAACACUGAUUUGUAUUUUAUAAACGUGUAUUUUUAUAAAGCCACUGAAAGACCAUACUCAAUGACAGAUAAAAAUGGCCUCCAAAUCGGCAAAAGUUGACCAAGAAAAGAUUGUUGCAACAUCAACAUCAGAACCGGAAGACAAAGACAUAACCACGAAUGCAGUAUUAAAUGGAACAAACAAAAGUUCUUCGAAUGAUAAAAAGGAACCGAAACAAAAGUCUACACACAAAACAACUGUGUUUAAUGGUCUGGACACGGAAGAUUCGGAUGUGGAUUUUGGUGGAAUAGAAAUAACAGAGGAACAACUUGACCAAAUUAAAAAAUCAUGGAAAAUUUUAGACGAGGAUGAAGACGGUAGAAUAACUGAGGAGGAAAUACUACGUGGUGCCCAAUUGAUAGGUCUUAAUCCAACUGUGGAAGAAGUUAGAGGGUGGCUAGGAGAAACCGAUGUAGACGGGGACAGUAGUCUUGACUAUUAUGAGUAUGAAAAAUUAAUGCGAAAGCAUUAUGCAGUAGCCAGUUUCCAAGAACAUGAACUUCGAAAAGCAUUUGCAAAUUUUGACACUAAAGGCAAAGGUUUCUUAAACCGGAAGCAACUGUACCGUGCUUUGCGCAACUGUGGAGACCAGUUAUCAGACGAGGAGUGUGACGAAUUCUUUUCAUUGGCGGAUAAAAAUAAAGAUGGCGUGAUCAGUUUAGAAGAAUUUGUGGUGCUAUUUACAGAAAUCUGAAGGAAAAGAUGUCAGUUCGGUUAAUUGUAAACAUUAUAAAACUGUAACACAAAAUUAGAAAAUCCACUUUUGAUGAUACGAUUUCGUUUACUACUAGUAUAUAUUAUAAGGGGUA